AUGCCUGUUGUUUUGGUCCGCCCAGCCAAUCGGACGCGGCGGCUGGAUUCUACGGGAGCCGGGAUGGGCCCGUCGUGGCGGCAGCGGGACUCUCCCUUACCGACCAUAACGCAUUGCGCAAGGUGCAGCACCGUCCGGUACUCCUGCGGCUUUAACGACCCGGGCAUGGAAGCGCCGCGGCACUUCGCGCCGGGUUUCGGCCCGGAGCAGCAGCAGCAGCAGCAGCAGCGCCCGCCGGCGCCGCUGCACUGCCGGCAGAAGCUGGACAAGGCGAGCCUCCUCCUUCAGCAGCAGCAGCAGCAGAGCCCGUGCCUCCAGUGCAACAACUGCGCCUACUACGGAGCUGCGGCGGCGACCGCCGGGGAUAACCUGCCGCUGCUGCUCCGCGCCUCCUCGCCGCUGUCGGGCACCUUCCGCACCCGCUCCUCGCCGCUCUCGUCUGUCGCCUCCUCCCGGCAGGGCAGCCAGCUGAAUGUCAGCGAGCUGCCCUCCAGUCAUGCUGGCGCAGCGAGGCAGCCUUCCCAGCACGGUCCACACCACCAGUGCCACAGCCUGCAGCAGGCGGCGAGCCCCGGCAGCAGCGGCAGCAGCGGCAGCGCCCACCACCACCAGCAACAGCAGCAGCAGCCCCAGCAGCGCCGGGAGAGCAAUCCCUUCACCGAAAUAGCUAUGAGCAGCUGCCGGUACAACGGCGGCGUCAUGCGGCCACUCAGCAACCUGAGCUCGUCCCGCAGGAACCUGCACGAGAUGGACGCUGAGUCCCAGCUGCUGCAGCCGCCGCUCUCCAGCCCCAACGCCGCCGGCCCGGAGGUCGUGGUCUCCAAGCCCGAGCACAACAACUCCAACAACCUGGCGAUCUACGGCCCCGCCGGCCCCGGCCCCGGCCCGGGCGGCCCCAACAACGGCGGGAGCAAACCCGCCAAGAAGAAGAAUCAGAACAUCGGCUACAAGCUUGGGCACCGCCGGGCUCUGUUCGAGAAGCGCAAGCGCCUCAGCGACUACGCGCUGAUCUUCGGCAUGUUCGGCAUCGUGGUCAUGGUCAUCGAGACCGAGCUGUCCUGGGGCGCCUACACCAAGGAAUCGCUGUAUUCCCUCGCUCUGAAAUGCCUUAUCAGCCUCUCCACGAUCAUCUUGCUCGGACUCAUCAUCGUGUACCAUGCACGGGAGAUCCAGGUCAUUGUGAAGAUAAUGCCUCCUGUUUAUUUCCAUGGAAACUACAGCAGAUACAAACAGCACGAUUACAUUAUUUAAUACAGAGAAUUCCCAGCUACAAAACACUUUCUCAACAUAGCUACCACCAUUAGCUAUGUAUUUUUGCCAGCAAUGAGCAACAGCCUUCAUGAUGCUCUUGUAAAAAUCUGCCUGAGCGGAGGUGACCCAAAGCCAUCGUCAGCUGAAACGGAGCACCCAUCGCCUCACUGUGCUCACAUCCAGUGUCUGGUCUCCAUAAAUGUUCAGCAAGCAUCAAUAU